AGGCAGAAGAGGCGUCGGGGGCCGCCGCCGCAGCAGCCUUCAUCAUGUCCCACAAGCAGAUCUACUACUCGGACAAAUAUUUCGACGAGAACUACGAGUACCGGCAUGUAAUGUUACCAAGAGAACUGUCAAAACAAGUACCAAAAACCCAUCUAAUGACUGAGGAAGAAUGGAGAAGACUUGGUGUACAGCAGAGCCUUGGCUGGGUCCACUAUAUGAUUCAUGAGCCAGAACCACACAUUCUCCUUUUUAGAAGACCACUUCCAAAAGGCCAGCAGAAAUGAAUAACUUCUAGAAACUACGUUGAAAUCUUCUGGAACUUUAUGUAUAUGGAUGUAUAUAUGUUGGUAGUAUUCAGUGAAUACUUGAAAAAAGUACAAAAGUCAUUACCUGUGCAUGAGCUGUAUUAUUCACAGCAACAGAGCUCAGUAAAAUGCAAAGUAGGCUGCUAUGGUUUGUACUGUUAAGUGCCUAUUUGAUUGUUCAUUGUGUUCAAUAAAGUUUACAAGUUACAUAGAAUAUGUUGACUGGUUCUCAAAUAUUCAAAGAUCUAG